GGAGCCGGUUGAACUGACCAGUCGCGAGACGCGAAACGGCUAAUGCGGACGUAUUUUUAGUGUUCCAUACAACACUGUUCACGGAACACUUAUUUUAAGGAAAAUUAUAUCAAUAACAAAAUGCAUGCACUUUGUGUAGUGUUUGCUUGUUUAAGCUGUGCUCUGGCUAAUCAAAAACUUAUCUUAGAGUUCAACUUGACGGCAACAACACCUAACAGCGUGGAAAGCGUGGAAAACCACCCAAAUCUCGGCCUGCUUCCGGACACUUGUGGAAUGAUCAAAGAGACAAAGCUCUUAGGAGGCCGUUCCGCGGAACUUUACGCGUAUCCUUGGAUGGCGCUAAUCUCUUACAAAACACGACUGGGGCCUCAGUUCGAAUGCAGCGGCAGCCUCAUCAAUGAACGCUACGUGCUGACAGCAGCUCACUGCAUCUCCAACUUGGAGCUGCUCGGCGUGAGGAUAGGAGAGCACGAUGUGGACACCACCUCGGACUGCCAGGGAGAGCCUCCCACUCUCACUUGCGAAUCUAAGAUACAGGAUAUUCGUAUCGAAGAGGCCAUACCCCAUCCAGAAUACCACGGCAAACCCAACAUCAAAAACGAUAUCGGUAUUAUCAGGCUUAAAAAGCCAGUGGACUUAUCCUUCAAGAACGCCGGUAUAAUCUGCCUGCCGGUAUCCAAAGACCUACAGAGCCGUAACCUCGGAGGACAGCACGCCACCGUCGCUGGCUGGGGCUACACGGAGAAAGGCUAUGUCUCAUCUAAGCUGCUUGCAGUAGAUGUGCUAAUACACACUGCUGAAUCUUGUCUGGAAUUGUUCAACAGAGGCCGAAAACCAGGUGAAGAAGACGAGACCAUCAACAAGAUUUGCGCCGGUGAGAUCGGCAAGAACUCAUGCAUAGGGGACUUAGGAGGCCCAUUGAUGGUCAGAGGGGCCUACAAGAACAACGAAAAACGCUUCAUUCAGCACGGCAUCAUGUCCUAUGGACCCAGGCUUUGUGCGUCUGGCUUUCCUGGAGUGUACACCGAUGUUCCGAAGUACAUGAAGUGGAUAUUGGAUAAUAUAAGGCCGUGAGCAUAUAAUGGUGGUGGGUAGAGUUAAGUCUAACCGCGCGCCCUAUGGCGCCAUCAUUUUUGUAACCGUUUCUUUAGUCCGGUAAUAAACCCAUGUACUAAC